AUGAGCUCGGCAACAGAACAACUCGACAAGGUGAUUGCCAACUUGGAAUCCAACUUGGGCCUUGCGCCCAACGAGCCCGUGGACAAGCCUGCGUCUCCCAAGGCCCAGGGUCCCAAGAAGGAGAAGAAGGAAAAGAAGGAGAAGAAGGAAAAGGUCCCGGCCGCUGCCCCCGCUCCUGCGGAGGAACAAGCCGAAAUCACCAAGCUCGACAUCCGCGUGGGCAAGAUCGUCAACGUUUGGAAGCAUGAGACUGCUGACAAGCUCUACUGCGAAGAAAUCGACGUCGGUGAAGACGAACCGCGCCAAAUUGCCAGCGGCCUUGUCAAGCACUACACGUUGGAACAGAUGCAAGGCCGCCGCCUCCUCGUCAUGUGCAACCUCAAGCCGCGCAACUUGGUCGGGUUUAAAAGCCACGGAAUGGUGCUAUGUGCCGUGUCGACCAACGAAGACGGGUCGGAAAACGUCGCGUUCGUGGAACCCCCCGCCGGUGCUGGCAUCGGCGAGCGAGUCAUGUACGAAGGGUUGACGGGUGAGCCGUGGACGCCUGCCCAAGUUGAGAAGAAGAAGGUGUUGGUCACUGCCGGCGAGGGACUGGUAUCGGACGAAAACGGCGUGGCCAAAUGGAAGGACCACGUGAUGCUCACGUCUGCGGGACCGUGCACGUCUCCCUCGAUUCGAAACGGCAUCUUGAGAUAAAUACGUCGAAAAUGCUAAUGGCACUAUGAAGGAGUGGUUGGUGGCGGAGUGGUGGACGACGAUGACGACGUUGGGCGUUGGUGCAUAGAAGGGUGGUUAAGUUGGUCUUCCAGUGCAA